UCCCUGACUCCUGGAUGUAAACAAGAGCUGUGGCAGUGAGUCUUGCUUCCCGUCUGUUGCUGCACGUCUGUUGCUGCACUAGUUUUUUUUGGCUCACAUGACAGUCAAAACCAGCGAAUCCUCAAGGAGAGACGGUUCCAAGAGCUUUGUUGACAGCUCUGCCAAGCGGCCGUCAGAUAACAGACAGAAUGUCAAGAACAAGAAAGACAAGAGCAACUCUCCUCUCACCAAGGUGGUGGUACGCCGACUUCCUCCUAACAUGACAGAGGAGGAGUUCCGUGAAGCUGUCUCUCCUCUUCCAGAACAUGACUACUUUACCUUCUGUCCAACUGAUGGCAGUCUUGGUCCCAAUGCAUAUACUCGAGCAUACAUAAACUUCAAGAAUGUGGAUGAUGUCUAUAUAUUCAGGGACAAGUUUGAUGGUUAUGUAUUUGUUGAUCAGAAAGGGAAUGAAAAUCCAGCCAUGGUGGAGUUUGCUCCUUUUCAAAAGAUUCCAAAGCGCACGAGUGGGAAAAAGAGAGAUGCAAGGUGUGGAACCAUAGACCAAGACCCAGAUUUCCUCACCUUCUUGGAGUCGAUCACCAACCCUGUAACUGUGACACUGCCUCCGCUAGAGGUCGUACUCGAAGAGAUUCAAGCACAAGAUAGGGAGCUGAAGGCAAACAAUGGAGUUAUGAAAAUCAAGACACCUUUACUUGAGUUUAUUGAACAAAAGAAAGCUGAAAAGUUGCGAAGUAAGGAAGAGAAAAAGGAGGAGAGGAGGAGAAAGGAAUUUGAAAGGAAGAAAGCAAGAGAAGAUGAUAAAAGAAAGAAGAAGGAAGUUAAGGAUCACAGGGACAUAAGAAAAAAGGAAGAGCUAAAAGAUGAUAACUCAGUAAAGGUUUUGCGACCUGAAAGAAUCAAGGAUGACUACAGCUCAGAUGUGAGGCUUUCAAGGAAGGAAAGAGAGAAAGACAGGUAUGAGAAAGAACGCCAAAGGAGAUUAGAAGAAGACAGACAAAAAAGAGAACGUGAAAAAGGACGACUAAUGAAAAAGGAAAAGGAGAGAGAAGAUAGGAUAAGAAGACAUGAAGAAAAGGCAAAAGUGAAGGAGGAUGAGAGAUCAAGACAUAGAGAGGAAGUAAAAGAAGAAUGGCAAGAGGAAAGACUGCAUGUAAACAAACCUGAGGGGGCCAAAUCAAAGCGUUAUAGUGAGGGACGCAGAAAAGAGGAGAGAGAAAGGGAGAAGAGGAUUAAAGAGGAAAAAGAUAAAGAAAAGAAAAGCAAAGAUGAGCAAGAGAAGGAAGCAAAACCCAAGAUGGUUGAAGAUAAAGUGAGUGAAGACAUAAGUGAAGCAACACUGCCAGUGGAGGUCUUUGAGACCAGGGAGGCUGAUCAGGAAGUUAGUGAGGAGAGGCUUUCCAAGGAUGGCAUUAACCAGGAGCACAUAGGAAAGGAACCUCAAGAAAGAGAUGAAAAUUCUGAAGAGAAGCCUAGUGCUCGCAAGAAGAGGGAGAAAGAUCCACGAGUGGAAAGAAGAAUAAGAAAUAAGGAUCGUCCAGCUAUGGCACUGUAUCGGCCGGGUCAAUCUCGACUCAGCAGCCGUAUGCGCCAGGACCGUGAGGAAGGAGCAGAGACAUCAUCCUCUAGUCCUAGCCCUGUCAUGCCUUCAGGGGAUCCCAAGAAAUACCAGUCACAGUCAAAAAAGGAAAAUUCUGAUACCCAAAGAGACAUGAUGAAUACCAAAGAAGGAUCUGUAGAAUCUAGGAGUGACUCAGUGGAUCUCGACCCUGAUUAUUCCAAGGAUAAGGAUGUGAGGGGCAGAGAAAGCAAGGCUUUCAGGGAGAGCAGAGUCAAAGAAGGUGAAACUAAUAGCGAGAGGUUCUACAGCCAGUUUAAUGAAGGAACCAGCAAAACUCAUCACACAGGACGCAAGUGGGAGACCGAGGAUGACAUUGAGGUGCGAGAUGGAGCCCAUCGUGAGCAAGGCUCUGAUGUUGGGGACAGUGCAGAUGUUACAGUUGAUAUGAAAAAAUUCCCAGGAGUAAAGACAAUGACAUUCAGGAGGAGUGUUAGCCGAGAAUAGGCUGCCAGAGUUCUCUCUACUUGAGGAUAAAAAACUUAAACCUGAAACUUCCUAAAACUUAAUUUUGUUUUCCUUACAAAUGUUAUUCAUAUUUUACAUGACUUAUAAUACUUGGAUAAGUCAUGUAUACCUAUCCAUGGUUUGUCAUUAACUUCUUAAAAAAAAAAAAAAUACUUUGCUGUUUUGAGCAAAUGGGUACAAAUUUUGACUUGGCUGAAAUUUUAAAUAUUGUACAUGGACAAAAUUAUUUUGACCAGAUUUCUAAAUAAAGCAUUGGUCACAA